ACAAGAUGGAGGAGGAUGUGAGUGUGAUCGAUCUUCUCAGGGUCUUGCUGCAGGAGGUGCGAGAUGUGAAGCAGGAGGUGAGAGAGUUGAAGAGCAAGCUCGAGAACUCAUCUGAAUGUACAGAGUCGAUUAUUGAAAACCCUUUUGAUGAACUGAAGUCUUUUGGCUUUAAAGCUACAUCACUGGAAGAACUACUCGAACGGGAGAAGCAGUUCUCGGAAGGAUGUGAAAAUUCUAAGAAGAACAGGAACGACCUCCUUAAGAUCCUCAUUGAGUUAGCUCCCAAGCCUAAGAAGAAUGCUAAAGUAGCUGCUCUGGAUAUAGUUAGGUCGAUAAUGCAAAGAUUAGCUGAUGAUUCAGUAUGGCAAUAUGUUAGCGCUUUUGGGAAGUCAGGCACAAAAAAGCUGUCAAUGUGCAAAAUGAUGCCUUCAAUUAUGGAUACAGUACUCUUAACAACAAUAAAAACCCUUUCAGUUGAUACUAAAGAGGCAUCAACUGCUCUUUCAACAUAUUUAAAAAAUACUGCUACAAGGGCAGCAGCAAAGAAGCACAAAUUUGAACAUGGAAGAGCCAUACUUCAGAUUGGUAACAGUGUACAUGAGAAAACAUUCCAGUCUGCAAACUCUGUCCAAAGUUCAUCACAACAUGCAGCUGAUGAGGUUAGAGUAUGAUGCAGCACAUGAUUCAGAUUUGGCCUGAAACCAAAUUUGUGGCUAAAAUAAUUUUAUGCAUGUGUUCUUUAUUGAGUGUUAUAUAAGCACUGGUCUCCACUGUCAGUGUCAACUAAGUACAACACAUGCAAAAUAACACAAAACUUUCUUUUUGCUAGCAUCAUAAAUAAUUACAAAUGCCUGAUUCAUAUAAGGUAUAUAGAUAAAAGAGGUACCUUUGCAUAAUGGAUUUCCUUAUGGUAGAAUGUGAUGUAUAUGUGGAGAUAAUAAAACAAGAAGGAAACCAUGUUGUUUUCUUCAAAUGGCAGUAAUUCCUAUGAAGGCAUUUUUUAGAACUCGUGAUUCAUAUUAUUUGAGGUCCAUCCAAUGUUCAUUUAAGGUUCAUUAAAAGGCUUUUUAUGGUUCAUUUUUAGGUGUUUUUAAAGUUCAUAUAAAGAUUUUUGAGGUCCAUUCAAAGUUCAUUUAAGGUUCAUUAAAAGGCUUUUUAUGGUUCAUUUAUAGGCGUUUUAAAGUUUUUUUGAGGUUUGUUAAAGGUUCAUUUAAGGUUCAUUCAAAGGCUUUUUAUGGUUCAUUUAUAGGUGUUUUAAAGUUCAUAUAAAGUUUUUUUGAGGUCUGUUAAAAGUUCAUUUAAGGUUCAUGAAAAGUCUUUUUACAGCUCAUUUUUAGGUGCUUUUAAAGUUCACAUGAGGUUUGCGCAAACCGAAAAGUGUACACCAAAACGGGUACUUUUCAGGCUUGUUUGAGGUUCAUCUGAAGCUCAUGUUGUGAAGUUUGCGCACCUUUUACAAACGUUUGCCAAACAUCCUAUGAACUUUAAAUUUCCGGGGGGGUAAUUUCACAAAAUCGGUAAA